AUGACAAACGAGGGGCUACCACCGAAUGACAAUCUGGGACCGGCGUUGCUUGGGACGGUUUGGUCUUUCUGGGGCAUCGCAACAAUCAUCUACAUUAUUCGCCUCUGCACCAGGCCGUCCGGUCGAUUCGACAUCACCGCGGCAGAAUAUACCAUUACCGCCGCGCUGAUUUCGAAAACGGUCUCGGUUGGGUUUAUGACAGCGGCGAUAUCGAAAGGGUUCGGAAGACAUAAUGCCUACGUCAGCAAGGAGAACCAAGGCACCAUUAGGCGAUACUUGGUCGGCGUCUUCAUGUCAGGGUGCCUGCCUCUUGCCUUGCGAGAGGGAAUCCUCAAAGCUACCAUCAUUCUCCAAGUCUUGGUCAUCCUCGUCUACGAGGUAUCCCAAUUCGUCCAAUGCAACUCGGUCAUUACGGGCGUCGCACCUGCCGAUCGCAAGUGUCUCCCCAAAGACCAGGUCUGGGGCUUCACGUUCAUGUCCUUUUCUACGGCCAUGCUUAGCGAUUUUAUCUGCGCGACAAUACCCAUCUUCCUCUUCCGCCAUCUGUCCCGGUCUCGCGUCGAGAAGGCCCUGAUCUAUGUUCUCAUGGCUUCCUCCAUCAUCGCCACCGGCAUGGGCAUACCCAAGCUCUAUCACGUCCUCACCUACGAGUAUGGAGCAGAAGACUGGCUCUGGAACCUGCUUCCCGAGUUCUUUUGGUGCCGAAUGGAAGAAGCGGCCAUUAUCAUUGCCGCAUGCGCCCCUUGCUCAAGGUCCCUGUUGAAAGGUUCUUGCGACGCAUGGGCCUGCCAACCUUCAAGGUCCCUACUAGGGGACUCAAAUCUAUACGAUCACAGUCUCAACCUACAGGGUCUCGGUAUAGAUUAG